GCGCCGCGCGCGAAGGAAGGCCCCUGUCCCAGUGCGGAGCUGCCGGGAAACGAAACUGAACUGUGGCGGAGAGGAGUUGGGGGGAUUCGGCCUUCUUUCCUCUCUCUCUCGAGCCCAGGCACGUGUCUGGAGGGGGCUGAGGCUCGGCCUUCCCGGUCUUCUCUGCCCUCAUCUCCCGCUCCGGCCUAAGACAGAGCCUCCCCCUUCCCCUCGUAGAAAAUGAAGCGACGAGCAGAACCUGAAUAUAGCAGUCCCCUAAAGAGGCAGAAGAAAAGGAUCGAAGAGUUAGGUCUCACCCUCAGCUCCACAUCAGAUGAUGAAACGCAACUUGGUAAUCAUGCAGCUCAAGAGUCUUCCACCACAAGCAGCAGCGAAUCUGACGGCGAGAUCAGUGAGAGGCGGCCUGUCCUUGGCUCUUUCAGCAAUAAGUUCAGCGCAGACUCCCUUGUACAGGGCACAUCCUCCCGAUACUCCAUGUAUAACAGCGUGUCCCAGAAGCUUAUGGCCAAAAUGGGUUUUCGAGAAGGUGAAGGUCUCGGAAAAUAUGGCCAGGGGAGACAAGAGAUCGUUGAGGCCUCCAAACAGAAAGGAAGACGAGGUCUGGGGCUGACUCUGAAAGGAUUUGAUGGAGAAGUCAGCAUCAACUGGAAGGAUGAGCCAGAGGCUAGUGCUUAUGAGCAAGUGGACUGGUUCCCAGAAUGUACCACUGAAAUUCCAGAUGCUGAGGAAAUGAAGGAUUGGAUGACUAUAGGCAAGAAAAAACUGGUGAUUGAUGAUGAAACACAUUUCUGUGGAGAAGAACUCCUACAGAAUAUGCUUCAGUGCAAGAGUGUGUUUGAUGAGCUGGAUGGAGAGGAAAUGCGCCGAGCUCGUACAAGGUCCAACCCCUAUGAGAUGAUCCGCGGAGUCUUCUUCCUAAACAGAGCAGCAAUGAAGAUGGCAAACCUAGACUACGUCUUCGACCACAUGUUUACAAACCCAAAGGAUUCUAGAGGGAAACCUCUAAUCAGAGAUCGUGAUGCAGAACUCCUGUACUUUGCUGAUGUAUGUGCUGGCCCCGGGGGCUUCUCAGAGUAUGUCCUCUGGAGGAAGAAGUGGCAUGCAAAAGGUUUUGGCAUGACCUUAAAAGGACCAAAUGAUUUCAAAUUGGAGGAUUUCUUUGCUGCUUCUAGUGAGCUCUUCGAGCCUUACUAUGGUGAAGAAGGAAUUGAGGGAGAUGGAGACAUCACCCGUCCCGAGAACAUCACUGCCUUCCAGAAUUUUGUGCUGGACAAUACAGAUCGCAAGGGGGUACAUUUCUUGAUGGCUGAUGGGGGUUUCUCUGUUGAGGGUCAGGAAAACAUCCAAGAGAUUCUAAGCAAGCAGCUGACUCUUUGCCAGUUCCUCACAGCACUCUCUGUCAUACGAACAGGAGGGCACUUCGUCUGCAAAACCUUUGAUCUGUUCACGCCAUUCAGUGUUGGCCUCGUAUACUUGCUCUACUGCUGCUUUGAGCGCGUGUCAAUCUUCAAACCUGUGACGAGUCGCCCUGCCAAUUCUGAAAGGUAUGUGGUAUGCCGAGGAUUGAAGUCUGGAAUUGAUGACGUGAGAGACUAUCUUUUCUCGGUGAACAUCAAACUCAAUCAGCUACGCAACACAGACCAGGAUGUAAACCUCGUUGUCCCUUUGGAAGUAAUCAAUGGUGACCAUGAUUUCCAUGAUUACAUAAUCCGAUCAAAUGAAAGACUUUGCGCUGUUCAGAUCAAAGCACUGGCCAAAAUCCGUGCCUUUGUUCAAGACACAACCUUGAAUGAACCACGACAGGCUGACAUCCGAAAGGAGUGCCUCCGACUCUGGGGGAUUCCAGACCAGGCCCGAGUUGCUCCAUCCUCUUCUGAUCCCAAGUCCAAGUUCUUUGAGCUAAUUCAGGGUGCUGACAUGGAGAUCUUCAGUUACAAACCAACACCUCUCAACUCAAAAACCUUGGAGAAAAUCCGACCUGUGCUGGAUUACAGGUGCAUGGUGUCAGGAAGUGAGCAGAAGUUCCUUCUAGCACUAGGGAAGUCUCAGAUAUACACUUGGGCUGGUCGCACAUCAGAUCGCUGGACCAAACUGGACUUGAAAACAGAAUUACCACGGGACACUCUUCUGUCUGUGGAGAUAGUUCAUGAGCUGAAAGGAGAGGGAAAAGCACAGCGAAAAAUUAAUGCCAUCCACAUCCUGGAUGCCCUGGUGAUAAAUGGUAGUGAUGUCCGGGAACAACAUUUCAAUCAACGAAUUCAGCUAGCAGAGAAAUUUGUAAAAGCCGUCUCUAAACCUAGCCGGCCAGAUAUGAACCCAUCCGUGAAGGAGGUAUACAGGCUAGAGGAUAUGGAAAAGAUUUUUCUAAGGUUAGAGAUGAAGAUCAUCAAGAGCUCAGGUGGAACCCCACGGCUGUCCUACACUGGCCGUGACGACAGACACUUUGUUCCCACAGGAUUGUACAUCGUUCGGACUGUCAGUGAUCCAUGGACCAUGGCAUUUAGCAAAAAUUCUAAUAGGAAAUUUUUCUACAACAAGACGACACAUGCAUCAACAUAUGAACUGCCUCAAGAAUCUGUUGCAUCAUUUCAAAUUUGCUACUUCAGUCGCCUCUUCUGGGAGUGGGGGGGAAGCGUCAGAGUGCACGACUCUCAAAAAAGGGACAGUUCGGAGAAGCUAUCCAAAGACGCUGUCUUAUCCUUCAUCAGACUCCACUCGCCCUACGACCAGCUCCUCACGCGAUCCUGGGGGACAGGAAAUGAGCCUGGGUUGGAAUCUUCAGCAGCUGAUUAGAAUCAAGUUUCUUCCAGCUGCUUGCAGUGAGCCAUGGAGGAAAACUAUGUCAAGGAAGCCUGUCCGGGUGGUAGGGGAAUCAGUGCAAAACAAAUGGGAAUGGCUUCCGACUGCAAACUAACUCUGUACAUAAAUACUGCUCUGGGCAGUUUAUCCUGCAAGUACCACAGAGGUAAGAUUCCUGGAGCAGAGGACAUUCUUCUGGAUUGAUCCCCACCAUCUCUUUCUAGGGCUUUCCCCACCUGUGCGACAACCACCUGGCCUCCAUGUAGCAGAAGGCACAGCGAGCAAGAGGAUGCACACAGCUCCUGUGUCGUGCUUGUAAGAGUGGGAGACAAUGUAGCUGGAGGGAAGAAUGGAUUUUUAAAGGCCUCAAUUUGUCCUUUUUGGUGCCUCUGCUUUAGGAGCCUGGUGUGAAUUCACUGGGAAGUUUGGCUCUCGCAGCGCUACCUCCUUGUGGCUCAUGCCUAGGGAGUUCUGGGUGCUAGAGGGGAGACAACUGGGCAAAUGGAGGUAUUGAUUGUAAUGGUUCAGGGGUAGUUACUGCCGACAGUGACUUGCGACUAUGUUGAAAGCUGGGUUUCAUGCUUCUAUGCAAAGUAAGUUUGUUACGUUUUCCCACUCUCCACUUUCAGUAAUGCAAAUGGGGUCACCCCAAGCAGUUCCAUUUUGAAAUCCUUGAGGCAUGCCUAGUGUUUUUCACUGAGUUCAGCGAGUUGGGAAGAUUUGAAUUUAAGGAUUGGUGGCCUCCAGAAGCAUGUGGUUUGGUUGAACCAUCUGGACUUGAUUUUUCCAGGGUGUCGCCAGCCCUCUUCUAAAUAGGUCACUUUCCCUUGGCCUUUUUAAUUAUUAAAAUAAGCACCAGAAAUCAUUUUUACAUUUAGAUCAAAAUUUCCUCUGUAAUGAAGGCACAGGGAUCUUCUUUUUGUUUCCUGCAAUGACGAUGAAAAAUAACCUUUGCUUUUCUGACCUGUAUUUUGGCAUUUAAGCUCUCGUGUGCUGAGAACAAAAGACCAGCUUGAAGGGGCACGAUGGUGCUUCCCCAUGUUGCGACUUUGCUUGAGAUGAAGGCAAACCUUUGCUACGUUUUCUAAUGGGAGCCAGCCAUUAAUACACUGCAAAAGAUUCUGGAGGCAGUGAAGGCACGGAAGUGUUUGCACAUGUUGGCAAGAAGGGGCAGCGUUGACUUAAGGGGUAGCCUAGAUUGUGCCUUAGGAAAUCUGCGAAGCUUCCUGCAAUUGAAGGCACCAUCCAAGUCUCUGCCCUCAUAGCAAAGCACCCAGAACAGGACAUUAACAAGGGACACCCAAGUCUGCUGUGGGAGGUACUAGGCAAGGCACCACCACUCCACACAACCCUUUAUAAACCUCCUUAUAAGCAGAACCUAAAUCUUGUGACCAUUUUUGUGCUUUUAUUAGGCAUGGCCUUCAAGCCUGCUGUUCUUCAGUCACAAGGUUCACAUACAUUCAUACUUCAUUUAUAGCAGUAGCUUAAGCAGUUGUCGAGCUUGAUCAAGGCUUUGCACUACUGGAACUUGUUUGAGGUUCCUUUACUGGAACGGCAACAGGAGUUGCAAGCUGUCUCUUUGCACAGCGGUUGAAGUCUCUGUUAUCAGGCAUGAGGAGGCCACUCCGUAUACUGGAGGGACAUCAGCUGGCCAAGGGGUGGUGCCAACACCAAAGGUUUUGCUUUUUCAGGGCAAUUGUGGCAGGAACAGGGCAAGUUUCAAAUCAAAAUUGCCUUCCUGACGGGAUCAUCCUCUGGGUAGAGCAUAGGGCAGUGCUUCCCCCAUUUUUAUUUCAAGUGGGAAGGGACAAAGGUGAAUAAAUAACCUGACUCCUCUAAUUUGAACAUGGCAUUGGUUUCUGAAAGUACCUGUUUUGAAGAACAGCAUUGUGUGUUUUGAGCUGCCUUCUCCCUGCGCCUAAUAUGACAGCAGAUGAGACUAAUGAGACAUGUAAUUAACAGUGGGUAUUCUAGCUCAGAACCUCCUUACCUGCUGGCAUAGAGUAUUUCAGAAAGGUUUUAUUAUAAGACCUGACUUCCUCUGAUGUUAGUCUACAUUUUUGAGGGCAUUGGUAGGGGAAGUAUGAAUACUGGGGUAGAAUGAUUUCAGAAAUGUCUAUCCUCACUUAAUUCACCUGCGUUACAGCUAAUUUUGUUGCCAUAGGGCUAGUAAAUGGUGUUAGUAAAAGAUCUAAUGGCAUCUUGUGAGGUCAAGAUUCUUCCAUUGCGAAGUACACUAGCUGGGGAGCCUAGCUCUCCAAGUCAUUUCAAGAUCUGUUAAAGGCUGCAUGCCUAACACUAAUGAACAUUAAAGCAGCUUUAUUCCAGUAUUGGGGAAUGGACUCUUGAUAAGUUCAGAUCAUGGAAGGCUAUUAGAAAGACGGCCUGGAUAAUGCAACCUGCUGUUGUUGCCUGUUCUCAUACCAGCCCAUGGGGGAAGGUGGUCAAAAAUGUCUUGCUGAAAGGAAUGUUGACACAAUGUGUUCUGUGAAGCUGUGUACCAUUUGUAUUUGUUCCUCUUCCCUUUUUGUCUGCAUCGCCAAUACAAUCGUUAUAAUUCAGAAAUGU